UAUAUUUUGAGUCUACGUAAUAAGAGCACCAGCAAAACAGUCUUCUUAUUUUUACAUUACUAUAGUUCAUUAAAAAAGCACACAUGCGUUGGUUAAAAUAGCCAAUACAUAAACUGAUUCAUACUUUUAUUGGAAUUCUAGAAAGUUAAAGCCGCUGUUUAAUAGGUUUUGCAUAUUUGGGCGGACUGAACAACUGACUACGCGAGAUGCCAUGUUGUGAUAACGAUAGUUCUGCGUCCUCAGUUUAUAGAUACGUUACGUACUACUUGGACUGUCGUCUUGGAGGUGCUGCAUUGCAUGUUUCAACCUCGGCGUUGCUUUUGCAAGAUUUGGACUCGUGCAUUACUCGAUACAGUAAUGAUUCAUGAUGAAAACAACUGUUUAUUUUAACGUUAUGUGCAUUUAUUCAGCAUAGACGCCAGGUUUGAGUGUUUCUGUAGACUGUAGCACCGAGUUUCAAAACAAAUACCUCAAAAUUGCUCAAGAGUUGAUUUAUAGCAAAACUACGUGGUCGUAAAAAUGUGUUCCAAGAUUCUUCUAGUAAAUCUUCGCGCGACCGUACACUUCUGCAAAACCGCGAACAUUCUGCAGGGAUCUCGGACAGCUUUAAUAUCUGCUCAACCGAGCUGUGCAAUUCACGUGGAUAACCCACCCAGGGUCCCGACCCUGACCACCAGCUAUGCCCACGGCAUCUCCUCUCAUUCACUGUUAUACAAGACCGUGGAUCAGUGUCUCCAGGCGUCAGUGGCGCGUCACCCUGACCGUGAAGCGAUGGUGUUUGUGGAGGAAGGACUGCGGAAGACAUUCGCCGAGUUUUACCAAGACGUGGAGCAGGCCGCUGCAGGUCUGCUGGCUGUCGGGCUUAAGAAAGGGGAUCGUUUAGGGAUUUGGGGACCAAACAUCUAUGAGUGGGUUUUGAUGCAGUUUGCCACGGCCAAGGCCGGUAUUAUUUUGGUGUCAGUAAACCCUGCUUAUCGGUUACAGGAGGCAGAAUAUGCACUUAGAAAGGUGCAGUGCAAUGCCAUUGUUUGUCCAACUCAAUUUAAAACCCAGAUGUACUGUGAAAUGCUAAGGCAGCUUUGCCCAGAAAUGGAAAAAGCAUCCCCUGGAGGAAUCAAGAGUUCAAAACUACCAGAUUUACACACUGUGAUCGUCACGGAUAGUCAGCAGCCGGGGGCUUUCCAACUAAAAGAUGUGAUCCAGGCAGGAACCAGCGAACACCAUCAACAACUACAAGACCUCAAGAAGAUAAUAAUGUCCGAUGAUCCCGUUAACAUUCAGUUUACAUCGGGAACUACAGGAAAGCCAAAAGGAGCCACUUUGUCCCACCACAACAUUGUCAACAAUUCUUACUUCAUUGGCAUGCGUGUGGGCUUCGACUGGAGAAAUAACGUGAGAGUGUGCUUGCCGGUGCCCAUGUAUCACUGUUUCGGUUCGGUGGGUGGUGGUAUGGUCAUGGCUCUUCAUGGCGUCACAUUGGUUUAUCCUUCUUCGGGUUAUGAUGGACGUGCCAACCUGGAGGCUAUGGAGAAAGAGAAGUGUACGUUCGUCUAUGGAACUCCAACUAUGUUUAUUGACAUGCUCAGUCAGCCUGACCUGCCAAAGUUUGAUUUGUCUUCAGUAGAGGCUGGUAUUGUGGCCGGUUCCUUUUGUCCUCCGGAGGUGAUCCGUAAGGUCAUUAAUGUCAUGGGUAUUGAGGAAAUGUUGAUCGGCUACGGCACAACUGAAAACAGUCCAGUAACUUUCUGCGGAUAUCCGUUUGACAGCCUGGAGCGAAAGACAGAGACUGUUGGUUGUAUAAGCCACCAUAUUGAGGCUAAAGUGGUAGACCCUACAUCUGGCCACAUCGUCCCUCUGGGUGCACAGGGGGAGCUGAUGAUACGGGGAUACUGCGUGAUGCUAGAAUACUGGCAAGAUGAGGAAAAAACCCGAGAAUGCAUCACAAAAGACCGCUGGUACAAGACGGGUGACAUUGCAACUUUGGACAAGUUUGGGUACUGCAGAAUCGAAGGACGCAUCAAGGACUUGAUCAUCCGAGGAGGAGAGAACAUCUACCCUGCUGAGAUCGAACAAUUUUUACACACACACCCUAAAGUUCAAGAAGCACAGGUGAUUGGAGUGAAAGAUGAGCGAAUGGGAGAGGAGGUUUGUGCUUGUAUUAAACUUAAAGCUGAUCAGGAAUGCACUGCGGAGGAGAUCAGGGAAUACUGCAAGGGAAAGAUUGCUCAUUAUAAGGUGCCACGCCAUGUAACUUUUGUUCAGGUAUAUCCCCUGACUGUCACAGGAAAGAUUCAGAAGAACAAACUGAGAGAACAGAUUGAAAAACUGCUGGGACUGUGAACUGAAAAGCACACCUGUGAAAGCUUUUAGACCUGCCAACAGGAAGACAUCAACUUAAGGGGCAUUUUAAUUUACCCAGUAAAUACUCACUUUGUUUUAUAAUCAUUUUUUAUCAUUGAAAUAGUCACAUAUUGAAAUGUUUAAUAAUGUAAACUCUUAAAAUUCUUUAUAUUUUUUGUGAAUUGUAUUUGACAAAUGGUUCUUAAUCAUGGAAACCAAAGAUAACAUGAAACCAUUGUCUGUUUACAACCUUAACUUUAGUUGUUUCAGUAUGCAAGGUCUGUUAUUACAGUGUAUCUCUUUUUAUUCAAUUCCCAUACACUGCACUAACAAAAACUUCCAAGGACAUUACAAAUGAAUUGAGAUCAGAGGUGUACGAGGAUUUGUGCUGAUCUCUUGCUCGCCUGAAGUUCCUAAAAUAAAAGUCUUAAAGCACAAAUAGUUUUUUCUAGGCAGUUUGAUAGUUACACUUUUAACUUCUCUGCGUGUGAUCUCUCGUGUUCUUUGGCUGUGUCCUUUUUGGCUUGUGAUGUGAAAAUCUUUCUAAGAAGAAAGUCUGAAGGAUGCUGGUAUUGAGACCAUAUGGAGCGAGGUCCUCUUUCAGUAUUUUAAUGUGUCUGGUGGAAAGUCAUGGCUGCUUUGGUUUGUAAUAACACAUAGCUUUGUGAGGAUCAUUCAGGGUAAGGGAGCAAUCUGCCAGAAAUUCUUUUAAAAUGUCCUUGGAACUAAUCAUAGUGCCAUCUUUCAUUGACUGGAUGCUUCUUAGCAUGUUUAAUUGCCUGGGAAAUAUUUUUUUAAUGAAAAAUGCCCACAUUGCUUCCAGUAAAAUGAUCAUAAAAUGUGGAUAUAACAAUAAAAAUUUGAAUUUA